GUUUCCCUUUUUAACUGAAAUUAGCAAUUAAAUUAUUGAUUGUGCAAAAUGCUUUGUGUACAUUUGUCUGAUUGUGACUCAUAUAUUUGCAAUGUGCACUUUCAAAUAGUAUAUUCGCAGAUGUAUAUUGCGCUGAAUCAAACUAUAUAACCUAGAUAAAAGACAUGACUCACAAAUACCUAUAUAUAUAUAAUAAAUUGAAUCGUGAUUGGCUAUUAUAACAAACUCAAAAGAAAAUGAAUAUUAAAAGUUAAUAUUGAUACUGACAUACCUCUUGUUAAUGCAUUUUUAGAACAAAGAGAAUGCAGCUACUCGUACGCUACCUUUGUUAAGAAACAAGAAAACAUCCGAUCACAUUUUUCAAUAAACCACAUACACAUAUCAUUCCCUGCAAUUUAAAAUACUGAAGUAUCAUUUUUAAUUUCAAAAGUAAUAUUUAUUUCUUUGUUUGGAUGCACUUUAUCUAUGAAUCUAGUACACCGAGUGCACUGACCUAAGAAAUGAACAGAGGUGGUCACUGACCGUACCUCAACGCGAUUCAUUGUUUACAUCCAGUUUUACGUCCCGAACUGUCAAGUUUUCAGAACGUCAAGUGCCUUGAAUAAAUUAAGCGCAGUGUUAUUACUGUAGAAAUAAUUGUCAGAAUUUUAUUGUGCAAAAAUGUCUGCCAGUGAACACAGUAUCUCAAGUAUAGCUUCGAGUAUUUCUACUUCUCAAGAUGAAAAUUUUCGUGUAUCAAAACACGCGGAAAACAGUCUCAAAGUCAUGGAAAAAUAUUUACACAAACAACAAUUUACAGAUGUUACGUUAAUUGCAGGAAAUAGACGUUUCCCAGCACAUCGUUUAGUUCUUAGCGCAGGUUCAGAAUAUUUUGCUGCCAUGUUUACCAGUUCUCUCAGAGAGUCAGGUCAAAAUGAAGUUGAAUUAAUGGAAGUAGAUGGAGAUGCACUUUGGGCUUUGGUCUGUUAUUGUUACACAGGUUGUAUAGAAAUAAGAGAAGAUAGUGUAGAAACUCUUUUAGCAACAGCAUGUCUAUUACAGCUCAAUCCAGUUGUUAAAGCUUGUUGUCAAUUUCUUAGAAAGCAACUGCAUCCAAGUAAUUGUCUAGGAAUAAGAGUAUUCGCAGAUACACAGGGUUGCCCAGAUUUAUUAGAGUAUGCACAUGCAUACACAACAAAACAUUUUAUGGAAGUUACAAAAAAUCAAGAGUUUUUAUUAUUAUCUGCUAAUGAAGUUGCCAAAUUGUUAGAAUCAGAAGACCUUAACGUUCCUUCUGAAGAAACUAUUUUCCAUGCACUUAUGACUUGGUUGGAAUAUGAUCCAGAAAAUAGGCAAAAGGAAGCAAGCAGACUCUUAAGUCUUGUAAAGCUACCUUUAUUAUCUCCUGCUUUCAUAGCAGACAAUAUUGAGAGUAAUGAAAUGUUCAAAGAUCAAAAAGUAGCACAAGAAUUAGUCAUGGAGGCUUUAAAAUAUCAUCUUUUGCCUGAGCGUAGACCAUUACUUCAGUCAGGACGUACAAAACCUAGGAAAGCUACAGUGGGUCAUAUGUUGGCUGUUGGAGGAAUGGAUGCUAAUAAGGGUGCUACCUCUAUAGAUGCAUUUUCUUUGCGUGAUAAUGCUUGGAAACCAAUAGCCACUAUGAGCGGUAGAAGAUUACAGUUUGGUGCUGCUAUUGUUGAUAAGAAAUUAAUUGUUGCGGGUGGAAGAGAUGGAUUAAAGACACUAAAUACAGUAGAAUGUUUUGAUUUUUCUGCUUUUACAUGGAAUACAUUGUCUUCUAUGAAUGUGCAUCGUCAUGGAUUAGGUGUAGCUGUGUUAGGUGGCCCUUUGUAUGCUGUUGGUGGUCAUGAUGGUUGGAGUUUCCUUGACACAGUAGAAAGAUGGGAUCCAUCUACGCGGCAAUGGAGCUCAGUAUCUCCUAUGUCAAUACAAAGAUCUACAGUUGGAGUAGCUGUAUUAAAUGAUAAAUUAUAUGCUGUAGGCGGAAGAGAUAUAAGUUCAUGUUUAAACACUGUAGAAUGUUAUGAUCCACAUACAAAUAAAUGGACUCCUUGUGCUCCAAUGUCAAAACGAAGAGGUGGAGUAGGAGUAGGUGUAGUAAAUGGAUGUUUGUAUGCAUUAGGAGGUCAUGAUGCACCUUCCACUAAUCCUAAUGCCAGUAGAUUUAAUUGUGUCGAAAGGUACGAUCCUAAAACAGACACGUGGACAAUGGUAGCACCAAUGAGCGUCCCUCGAGAUGCGGUUGGUGUUUGUGUACUUGGUGAUAGACUGAUGGCAGUAGGAGGCUAUGACGGCCAACAAUACCUCACACUUGUUGAAGCAUACGAUCCACAUCUUAAUGAAUGGGAAUCUGUGGCUCCUUUAAAAGCUGGUCGCGCAGGACCACCAUGUGUUGUUGUGAAGAAUUUACCUGGUUUCGAAUUUGAUUCAUAAUAUCGUGCAUACCUUUGACUAUUGAAUUAAAAAAGAAAAUGAAUAUUUUAAACAUUUAUUUUUUACAUAAUAAGGUGAAUUCAUGUAUGUUAUAAAUUUGUGAUUUGAAAACAGCAAUACCUUGCAUUUAAAUGUAUGUUUUGAAACUAUUCCGAUUUUUGUACGUAGAUAAUAAUUUCUAUAUUAAGUUUGUGUGUCUGGCGUAAAUUUGUAUAUACUUAUAUUUACUCUUUUUGUAUAAACAUAUUGAAGUAUUAUGUAUCCAAGAAUGAGGCAACCAUAAAGUAACAUACUAGUUUUAAAGACAUUUUAAUAAAAGCAUUUUAUUAUAUUUUCUACUUACACUUUUGUACAGAUGAUAAUACAUCUUAUAAACUCAUGAUAGAAAGGUGUGCGUAAUGAUGAAACAAUCAAUGUAUGUAAGAACGAAUUUAUUUUUCUCAAUGAGAUACUGUUUUUAUUUACAUAUGUAUUCAUAUAUAUUUUGUGAACAUACCUUUUUUAAAUAAA